GGGGCGCGCGCGGCAGGAGGAGGGGGCGCGCGCUUCCCGGAACAGCCCGCGCCGAGGGAAGCGGGGGGGAAAAAAAAACCCGCGGCUGGAGCCGAAGCUGGAGCCGCCGCCGCCGCCGCCGCCGCCGCCGCCGCGGCCGUCUGGAGCUCCCCCGUGCGGACGAUGCCCGCGGCGCCCGCCCGGGACUCGGGGCGCUGAGGCUCGGGGCGCGGGGUAGCUAUGGCGACGGCGAGCACGGCCCGCGGCGCCGCCUGACAGGUGUGGGCCCCGGCGGCGGCGGCGGCGGCGGCGCGGAGCAGCAUGUACGCCAAGGGGGGCAAGGGCUCGGCCGUGCCCUCCGACAGCCAGGCCCGCGAGAAGUUGGCACUGUAUGUGUAUGAGUACCUGCUGCAUGUCGGUGCCCAGAAGUCCGCCCAGACCUUUCUGUCGGAGAUCCGAUGGGAAAAGAACAUCACGCUGGGGGAGCCCCCGGGGUUCCUGCACUCCUGGUGGUGCGUGUUCUGGGACCUGUACUGCGCGGCGCCCGACCGCAGAGAGGCGUGCGAGCACUCGAGUGAGGCCAAGGCCUUCCAGGACUACAGUGCAGCAGCGGCCCCCAGCCCAGUGAUGGGGAGCAUGGCCCCCAAUGAUGCAAUGGCCGCAGGCCCCAUGGCGACCAGCUUCUUCCAGCCCUUCAUGUCACCGCGGUUCCCUGGGGGCCCCCGGCCCACCCUGCGGAUGCCGAGUCAGCCUCCCGUGGGCCUCCCGGGCUCCCAGCCCCUCCUCCCUGGCGCCAUGGACCCCUCCCCGCGUGCUCAGGGGCAUCCGAGCCUGGGCGGCCCGAUGCAGAGGGUGACGCCUCCACGGGGCUUGGCCAGCGUCGGGCCCCAGAGCUAUGGGGGUGGCAUGCGGCCCCCACCCAAUUCCCUCGCCGGCCCAGGCCUGCCUGCCAUGAACAUGGGCCCAGGAGUACGGGGCCCAUGGGCCAGCCCCAGUGGCAACUCGAUCACCUAUUCCUCCUCAUCCCCCGGCGGCUACACGGUGAGUGGGGCGGGGCUGAGCGACGUGGGCAAGGGCUUCGAGUGGCAAAUGGGGGAAUUUCUAACCAGCCCUGUUUUCCUCCGCAUGCAGGGACCCCCAGGAGGAGGUGGGCCCCCUGGAACACCCAUCAUGCCCAGCCCUGGAGACUCCACCACCUCCAGCGAGAACAUGUACACCAUCAUGAACCCCAUCGUGCCAGGCGCCGGCAGGGCUAGCUUCCCGCUCGGCGCUGGCCCGGAGGGCCCCGUGGCCACCAUGAGCGCGAUGGAGCCUCACCAUGUGAACGGAUCCUUGGGCUCGGGCGACAUGGACGGGUUGCCGAAGAGCUCCCCCGGCGCCGUGGCCGGCCUGAACAACGCCCCGGGCACGCCGCGGGACGACAGCGAGAUGGCGGCCGCCGGGACCUUCCUGCACCCGUUCCCGAGCGAAAGCGUAAGCGACUGCGUCGACUCCCCCCCCGCGGCGGCGUCGGGCCGGAGGGGCCUGGCGGGCAGGCCCCGGCGGGGCGGCCGGGGGGCCAGAGCAAGACCGUGACCGCGGCGGGCCAGUACUCCCCAGGGAUGACUAUGAGCGUGUGAUGGGGCGGCAGCCCCUCCUUUGCCGGCCUCGGCUUUUGUCCCCAGGGCUCUUGCGCAAGGCAAGGGUCUGAGGUCACACCUUGGGCAGUUGGACUCCUGGCCAACCAAGGCUUGCGUGGCCAGAGGCCCCGCAAGAAGGACUUUCAUUUUAUAAAAACGCAAGGACCUCAGAGAUGCUCUUAACGGUGUGGACCCUUCUCGCAAUUUCUAUUUG